AUGGCGAAACGCUGCUGGCGAAGCGAAGAAGACCGCGGCGAGUAUCUUCGACCGCUCGCCCUGGGUUUGCCAAGAGACGAUGGGCUGAGCAGCGGAGACAGGCGUGAACGUCAGACGCCGUCGAGACUUCGGGGGCUCCCGGUUGCCAUCUCGUGUGGCUGGCGUGUUCUCCGCUGGUUUGGGGCUCCCGGCACGGGGAGGCACGACCUCUUGGACACCGCACGGCCUUCAGAAAGCAGCGUGCUCUCCCUGAAGGUGGCACCGAGCACCCGAGCUGUCAUGGAGCCGUCAACACACAACGAGAUGGAGAAGAACAGGCGUGCCCACCUGCGGUUGUGUUUGGAGAAGCUGAAGGGACUGGUACCGCUGGGACCCGAAGCCAGCAGGCACACCACCCUGAGUUUACUCACGAAAGCUAAAUUGCACAUCAAGAAGCUCGAAGACUACGACAGGAAAGCCGUACACCAAAUAGACCAGCUGCAGCGGGAGCAGCGGCACCCGAAGAGGGAGCGGGAGCAGCGGCACCUGAAGAGGCAGCUGGAGAAGCUGGGGAUAGAGAGGAUAAGGAUGGACAGUAUCGGAUCCACUGUUUCUUCGGAGCGCUCGGACUCGGACAGAGAAGAGAUAGACGUGGACGUGGAGAGCACGGACGACCUUCCCGCGGACCUCGACUGGAGCAGCAGCAGCCCGAGCGACUCG